UCCAAUUGCUGCAAACUGUUGCCAAUCCAAAAUGGCUUCCCCUAGCAGAUGCUGACACUUAGAGGGGUGGAAAAUCCAAUAAGCAGUGCAGAGGCCCGGCCGAGAUGAUUUCCGAGCCAGAAAGGACAAUCAGAAUUUAUUGCAACAAAGUCUUCCAAGCAGAACAGACCCAAGGUCUUCCAAUUGCAACAAUAAAAAUCGGCAGGAAUCAAAUCUCACAGCCAUGCAGCAUCCCCACCCCAGCGAUCAGCCCACUUACAUGCCGGAGGUGCCGUUCCAGCCAUUGUGGGGCCAGGAGGCGCCUCCACCGCCGCCCAUAGUACCAUACCAAGAGCUCAUCGCUGGGUUCCCAUGCACCGAUUUGUCACUCUGGCAGCGCUCUCAGGUAGCCCCACUGGUGCCCCAACGUUCCAGCACACAUGGGCGUUCCAACGGUUCCUCCAGCUCCUCCAAGAAGACUCGUCGCCGGGUGGCCUCCAUGGCCCAGCGACGAGCCGCCAACAUUCGGGAGCGCCGUCGCAUGUUCAACCUGAACGAGGCCUUUGACAAGCUCCGUCGUAAGGUGCCCACCUUCGCCUAUGAAAAGCGUCUCUCUCGCAUAGAGACGCUACGCCUGGCCAUCACAUAUAUAGGAUUCAUGGCCGAGCUGCUCAGUGGCACUCCCUCGAACUCCCACUCCCACUCGAAGUCCCGCUCAGAUGUCUAUCCCGGAAUGAACGGCCACCACCCGGCCGCACCACCCCCUAUACAUCCCCAUCAUCUGCACCCAGCGGCGGCGUAUCACCGAGACUUUGCGUCACCCUACAGCCACAGCCUCACAUAAUACUCGUAUGUGUGGAUCGCGGAAUAAAGGACUAAAAGAAGAGAAAGUGCACAUUCCUUUUUGUUAGUGACAAGAAAGAAUA